AUGUGCGAAAUCACAACUAAAACGGCCAAACUACUGUGCCUUGUGCGCAAAGUGUACCCUGCGUCUGUUGAACUGGUUAUAGACAACCUAAUGAUCGCCUACAUCAGUCGAGGGAGUUUGGACGAUUUGGAGGAGCAGAACGCCACGAUGCUGCAGGUUACCGCGCAGCAGGCCCUUUUGCGCAACCGCGUGAUCAUCAACACGUACAUGCCCGUCGAGGAGAAAAGUGCCACGGUCCUCUUCGAGAAGACCUUCAUGAGUCAUUUGGCAACUCGGUGA